AUGGCGUACUUGAGCAUGGGUGAAGCCCAUAGAAGAAUCACCGAAUAUCUUAACCGCUUUUUCGACGCCGUUACUUACCAAAACGGAGUUUCCUUCAAAUCUCUCUUCUCCCUUUCCUCCAAUUCCCACUUUCUUCUCUCUCUCGCUGACGCUCUCGCUCUCUUCAAUGACGCCAAUAGACUCAUCAAUCAGAACGAUAACUACUCUCAGUUCUCCGAUAUCAUCGUCCCCCUCUUCCGAUCACUCCAACACUAUAAACAGUCCAAUUUCGUUGAAACAUAUAACGCUUUCGAAAAAACCGCCAAUGCGUUUGUUCAGGAGUUUCGUAAUUGGGAAUCCGCGUGGGCUCUUGAAGCUUUGUUCGUCAUUGUUUACGAGAUUAGGGUUCUUGCUGAAAAGGCUGAUAGACAACUGGCUUCAAAUGGAAAAUCUCCUGAGAAGUUGAAAGGUGCUGGUUCUUUACUCAUGAAAGUGUUUGGAAUCCUUGCGGGAAAAGGUGCUAAGCGUGUUGGAGCAUUGUAUGUAACUUGUCAGUUAUUCAAAAUUUACUUUAAGCUUGGUACAGUUCAUCUUUGCCGCAGUGUAAUAAGAAGUAUUGAAACUGCGCGCAUAUUUGAUUUUGAGGAAUUUCCUAAAAGAGAUAAGGUCACUUACAUGUACUAUACUGGUCGUCUCGAAGUUUUCAAUGAAAAUUUUCCCGCUGCUGAUCAGAAAUUAUCAUAUGCCUUGAAGCAUUGCAACCCACAGCAUGAAGCAAAUAUAAGGAUGAUUCUUAAAUAUCUGAUUCCAGUGAAGCUUUCAAUAGGCAUAUUACCCAAUCAUAGGCUCUUGGAGAAGUACAAUCUACUUGAGUAUGGUAAUAUUGUACAAGCUCUAAAAAGGGGCGAUCCUCGACUUCUUCGACGUGCACUCCAAGAUCACGAGGACUGGUUCUUGAGAUCAGGUGUAUAUCUUGUCCUAGAAAAAAUAGAACUUCAAGUAUUCCAGAGGUUAGUAAAGAAGAUUUACAUAAUUCAAAAGCAGAGAGACCCAAGCAGAGCUCACCAGGUGAAGUUGGAGGUUAUUGUUAAAGCAUUGAAAUGGCUUGAAAUUGACAUGGAUGUGGAUGAGGUAGAGUGCAUAAUGGCCAUGCUCAUAUUCAAGAAUCUUGUGAAAGGUUACUUUGCCCACAAAAGCAAAGUGGCUGUAUUGAGCAAGCAAGACCCUUUCCCCAAGUUAAAUGGAAAACCUGUUAGUUCAUAG